AUGUCUACAAAAAAUGAUGAAAAACAAUUAAAAUUAUGUCUAACAAAACUUAUCGAAUUACUUAGAAAUUGUCUACAGAACUCAAAAAUAAACAAAGAACAAGUACAAACUAACACUACCAAUAACAAUCGUCAAAAUUCUCAGUUAAAUAAUACUAUUUAUACAUUUACAUUAAAUAAUGAAGAAAAUGACCUUCUUGAUACAUUAACAUUGAAUAUACAAAAUGUACUGAAUGAAUAUCUUCCAAAUCUAUCAAAAAUGUGUUUAAAUUAUUUAUUAGAUUUUCUUCACACAUAUCAUUAUGAUCGUCAACAAAGAAAAUUUAUUAAAUCUUUAACAAUUAGUGUAUUACAAUCAUUUCAUCAAGAAUUAAAAGGUUUAUUAGCUGCAUCAGAAGCUUUUCCAGCUGCAUUCAAUGGUGAAAUAGAUAAAGUUAAAACAUUUAUUAAAGAAUAUCCAACAUUCAAAAAUAAGCCAGGCUUAUGGGAAACAACAUUAUUAUAUUCAGCUGCACGAAAUGAUUAUUUAGAUCUUGUCAAGUACUUGAUUGAAGAAGCACAUUGUUCUGUGAAUGUACAAAAUCAACGUGAUGUUGAUUUCGCGUUAGAUUCUAAUAAGAACGACUACAUUCCUCGACCAACAGCUGCGUCGACAGCUCUUCAUGGUGCUUGUUUUAACAAACAUUUGACUAUUGUAAAAUAUUUAGUAGAAAAUGGUGCUAAUUAUUUCAUUCAUAAUCAAGCACUUGAGACUCCAAUUCAAAAUGGAGAACGACAUCCUGAAAUAAUAAAAUAUUUUCAGGAUUAUCUCGUUCUUAAUUAUUCUGGUGAAAUUCCACAUCGUUUACCAACUCAAUUAAUAAUGGAUGAUGAUCGACGUCCAAUCCGUGAUUGUAUGUGGGAAUAUAAACCAUUUCAAGAUCAAAAAUGGUAUAGAUUUACAUCAGUGGAAGCAAGUGAAUUGCAAAAAGCUCUAUUACCUUCAGAACAAUUUCAACAACAAGUUUAUUUAAAAGUUAGAAAAGGUUUAUAUGAUGUAUCGAUGAUUGAGUUUGUACGAUCAGGAAAACAUGAACAAGAUCCACAAAAAAAUAUGGCAUGGAUUCGAUGUCGUGGUUCAAGUAUUUUGAAUUUUGAUUGUAUUUCAAUAUGGCAAAUUAUGUUAAUUGAACAUGAAAAAGUAGAUAAAAACAUACACAUUGUUCCAUCAUUAAAAGUACAACAUUUUCCCGCUAUGUUCGACAGUCUUUUUAAACUUCAACUAAAUAAUUGGUAUAGUUGUGAUGCUGAAACUAGUGCACUGUUAAAUGAUUCAAUGAAUUAUCGACGAAAAGUAAUUUCCAUUAAUAUUACUAAUGUUGGCAAUGGCUUAGCAUUAAAUUUACAAACAUUUGAAUUUUCAAAUAAUAAAAAGACGGUUCUUGGAUACAUCCGGUGGAUUCCUCAGCUUAUUUCAAAUAGUGAAGAUAACCCUAAGAAAAUUGAAUAUAUCGAUAAUUAUCAAUCGAUGGCCAACAUUCAACCAAUUCCUUUAACAACUAAACAUUUAAAACAGAUGCCAAAAACGAAAAAAAGCGAUAAACACGAACAACAAUCAACAAAUGAUUUAUCUAAUCACGAUGAGAAUGAUGACAGCAAUUUAGAAAUGGCAACAACAUCAAGCAUUGAAAAUGGUGAUGAUGAUGAUGAUGAUGAUGAUGAUGAUGAUAUCAUUUAUUCGAAUAAUAAUAAAGCUACAACAGACAAUCAAGGAACUUGGAGUCUCACUGAUCUUAAUGAUGAAAUUAAUCCUACCAAUUUAUCUUUUGCAUCAUCCAAUACUACUAAUACUACUGCAAAUACAUCUAUCGAACAAUCUGCCAGUGGCAAUGCCGGUAAACCCAAUCAUUCAACUCUUAUCGAAAAAAACAAUACUACGUUAAGAGAUGAAACAGCUGCUGCUCUUGCUGCCAAACUAGAGGCUGAAGUUGAAGAAUUAAAAGAUCAAAUUAAAAAGAAGAAAUUAGAAGUUGAACAACAAAAAGAAUCAAAAUAUACGUUAACCAAAGAAAAGGAACAACAAUUAGAACAAAAAAAUAAAUUAUUAAAAGAUCUUCAACAACAAUUACUUAACAGACAAGCUUAUGAACAACAAUUAAAAGAUUUAGCUAAACAAAUUAAAGCUGUAGAUUAUAUUAAUAUUGAAUCAUUUCUUGUCCAACAUUUUCUAUUUAGCAAAUUACAAUUUAUUAUGAAUCAUAUGAAGUCGAAACAUCAAAUGAAUGAAUAUUUCGUAGGAAUACCUAAUAUUACAAUGACAGAAAAUACUAAUUCAUAUUGUGCAUCAGUAACAGGUGUUCAAGAACAUCAUGAUGAAUUCAAACGUAUUCUACAACGAAUACAAAUCUUAUCAAAUAAUAUUCAAUCAACCAAAACUGAUUAUCAACGGCAACUCAAUACAACAUUACAAUCUAUUAAUCAUAUAAUGACACAACAAAUUCGUUCUUCGUCAAAUUGGAAAUAUUAUACAAAAUAUUUUCAAGAAUUAAUUAAAAAGAAAAUCGAAGAAUUUGUUAUUUUAUUUGAUACAUAUAUAUUACAAGAGUCGAAAACUAUAACUGAACAAAUUAUAACAGAUUCUAAUUUUCAAUCAUCAAUUCAAUUACGAAAACUAACAGAUAGAUAUACGAGAAAAAAACAAUUUAUACCUGAAUUAGAAUUACUAAAACAAGAAGCUCUUGAUGAAUAUAUUAAACAACAUGUUUGGUCCGAACGAUUAAAAUUUGAAAAGAAACCAUCAAAUAAAUCUUUACAGAUUAUGAAUGAAUUUAUAAAUAAAGUUAAAAAAGAAUUUCAAACAGAUGAAAUUUAUCAUGGAUGUGAGUUCGAACAAUUGAAACAUAUUCCCAAAUUAUUACAACGAAUUAUGUUAUAUUAUCGAUGUUUUCUUUUACAAUUACCUCUUUAUGAAACAUCAAAAGAAUUAUUAGAUAAAAUUGAUAAAAAUACCGUUAUAACAAUAGCAACAUCAACUGGAUCAGGAAAAUCUAGUUUACUUCCGGCGCUAUUAAUUGCUGAAGGUUACGAUAAAGUAAUUGUUACUCAACCACGUCGAUUACCUUGUACAUCAAUUUGUAAUCGUGUAAAUGAAACAAUGACAACAAAUAAAAAUGAAUUUGUUUUGGCGGGAUGGGCUGUUAGUGGUGCUGAAUAUGAACCAAAAUCUCAAAUAUUAUAUUUAACAGAUGGUUUAUUAAAAGAACGUUUAUUACAUGAUGAAAAUUUAAUUACAAAUCAAACGAAAUUAAAUAAAACUAUUGUAUUUUUUAUUGAUGAAGUUCAUGAACGAUCAAUUAAUAUCGAUCUUUGUUUAGCAUUGAUUGCUCGUUUACUCAAAGAAAAACCUCAACUUAAAACUAAAAUUAAAGUUAUUAUUUCAUCAGCUACAUUAGAUUCAUCUGUACCAAAUCUAUUUCGUCAAAUAGCACAAUUAAAAUUUGCUGAAUUUCAAAUGCCAAAUCUUGGAACAUUAUAUCCAGUUACAAAAAUUCCAAGACCAAAUCAAAACAUUCUAGAUUUAGUACAAGAAUUAUGUCAAAAACGACAACGACAUGAUCAAAUUUUAUGUUUUGUUAGUAGUGUAUCAGAAGUUCAACAAUGUUGUCGACUUUUAGAAGAAAUUAGUCGUCGAACAAUUAUUGCUUUUCCACUUAUUCAAUCACAAUCAGCUAAAGAACAACAAAAUAAUAUUGAACAUGGAAGUAUUUUCUUUUCUACAACUGUUGCUGAAACAUCACUUACAUUUCCAUCUUUAAAAUAUGUUAUUGAUACAGGUAUGAUUAAUAUUCCUGUUUAUGAUUUUGAUAAAAAACAAACAAUUCUCAUGGAAACUCGAGCAGCUGAAUCAACAAUUAAACAACGAUUAGGUCGACUUGGACGAACAAAACCCGGUGAAUAUUAUUCAUUAUAUGAUUUUAAAAUUGAACAAAAAAAAUAUCCAGUACCACAAAUAUGUCAAUCAGAAUUAGUUAAUAUUGAAUUUUCAUUAAGAAAAUCAAUAAUUAAACAAGGACUUAAUUAUAUUAAAGAAUAUUUACCAAAUUCACCAUCUCCAAAAGCAAUUAAUCAAGCAAUAGACGAAUUAAAGACAUUAAAUAUUUUAGAUUCACAAGAAAAAUUGACAUUAACCGGUAUUGCUAUUUCUACAUUACCUGAUUUUGGUUCAUUAUCUAUGUCAAAAUCAAUUUUAGCAGCUUUAAAUGAAUAUAAUUGUGGUCGAGAUCUUAUUGUUCUUUCAUCAAUUUUAGGUGUUUUAAAUACAUCAUCAGUAUUAAAAUUUAUACCAGAUUCAAUGAAAAAAAUCGAAGGUGAUUUUAUGAGUUUAUUAAAUGUUAUGAAUGAAAUUCUUUUAAUUCGUGAAAGUGUACCUGCACAACAAUUUAAUUUAAAUAAAAUAUGUCAAGCAAAACAACUUACAUUAAUGGCACAUGUUUUACGACAAGCAUUACGACGAUAUACAAGUUUAGAAAAAUCAUUUAAUCUUUUGAAUGAAUAUCGAGAAAAAUCACAAAUAACAAAAAAUAAAUGGGAAUUAAUUGCUAAAUCUUUAUUAUAUGGAUAUAAAGAUAAUGUUUUUGUAUCAAUGAAAGAAUUACAAGGAAAAACUCAUCUUUUUACUCGAUAUAUAUCUUCAAGAGAAGAUGUUGCUGUUUUAGAUCAUCAAUCAACACUUUCUCGAGCUAUUACUUUAACACCUGUUUCACUUAUACUUGCUCGUGAUAUUCGUUUUUCAUCAUCUAUUCGUGCUACGGCUGUUUUAUCAUUUCUUGGAGAAAUCAAAUCUCAAUGGAUUGAAUAUCCUUUACAAAGAAAAAUUAUAUUAAAUACAGCUGAAGAAACAAGAUUAACUUCAAAUAAUAUUUUAAUAAUAGUUAAACAAAAUUUUCCAAAUAUUCAAAUACAACUUCAAAAUCGUGUACUUCAUCUUGGAGGAGCAGCUGGAUUAGUUCUUGAUGCUGAACUUGAUAUUUUAAAACAAUUAGUUGUUGAAAUGAAAUUUAAAUUAACAAAUCUAUAUUCAACAAAUGCGGCAGCUGAUUUUAAACGUAUGGCAAGAAAUUUAGAAAGUGUUUCGAAAAUGCCUCGAAUAUUUAAUCCAAUGAUAUGGCGUUGGGAAGCUCAACAGCAAGUAAAAAUUACUGUUAAUAAUACUACAAUAAAAGAUGAAUGUGAAAUAAGUAUUAAAGGACGAGAUUCACAAAAUCAAGGAGUACAAAAAGAAUUUCAAUCUUUUCUUCUAUGGUUAAAAACUUGUGCUGUUAUUCGACAUCCAAAUGCUGGUGUAUCACCACGUAUUCUUAAACCACAAAUGCGUAAGAAUUGUCUUAAUAUUGAAGAGAAAAUUUCACAUAUAACGGAUUCUAAACGAACAUCAAUUGAAUUAUGGAAAAGUUUAAAAGGCUCAAAUGCAACGCGUGAAACUCGAAUGGAAGUCGUAGCAUGGAUAGCUGUUUGUCAAUUUGAUUGUCGACUUGAAGGUGGUUUUGUUCGUGAUUGGACCGUUGGAAAUUAUACAAAUCGACCAAUUGGUGAUCCAUCGACAUGGAUAUUAUAUCAAAAGAAUAAAAUGAAUGAUUCAAUUCCUUAUAUGGAUAAAAAUUUAAUACCAUCAGAUCUUGAUUGUCAUUUACCAUCGCAUAAAUAUUUUGAUAUAGAUAAAUUUCAAGAUCAUUUACAUAGAUAUCAAAUUGAAUGUAAAGUUUUUCGAGAAGAUUGGCGAUAUAUAAUAUUAUUAGAUGAAAAAACUAAAACUGGAGCAUUUACAAUGGAUUUAAUUGAACCACAUGUUGCAUUAACACAUGAUAGAAUUGAUUUUGAUGUUAGUAAUUUAUCAUUAGAAAAAGAUUAUACAAAAGAAUUAGGAAUGAGAGUUGAUAUACAACAUAAACCAUUUUCAAUUGAUUUAGAAAUUAUUGUUGAUAAUAUUAAAAAUAAACGUUUUCAAGUUUUACGUCCUAUUGAUGAUAUUGUUAAAGGUCGUAUCGAAAAAAUGCAAAAUCGAGGAUGGGCACAACUUGGACAACCUAUGUAUGUUAUUCCGGAUCCACCACCAAAAUAUCAUGUUAUUUUAGUUCCUUUACCACAAUCAAGUCCAUUAUAUGAAUCAUUAGUUCAACAAAUGAAAACAUACAUUGGAGCACAAGUACAAGUAUGGUCCAUUGAACAGAUUCGAAAUCCAUUAUUAGAAGACGCUUAUAUAGCAAUGAAACAAUUGAUUGCAAAACAAUGUCCAGGACAAAAUCCAAAUGAACGAGAAUUAUUUCAUGGAACAAAAGGUGAUGCUAUUGAUGGAAUAUUAAAUGAUGGAUUUGAUGAUCGUUAUUGGGGAACAAAUUAUUCAAAAGGAAAUUGGGGUCAUGGUGCUUAUUUUGCUGAUAAUCCACUUGUUUCACAUGGUUAUACUGCAGCUGAUCUAAAUAAUCAGACACGUAUUAUGUAUUAUAAUAAAGUAGUAUUGGGAAAAGAAUCAAUUCUUCAAGUUUUAAACCAAGAUUUAAUGUCCGCUCCCAAAGGAUAUCAUUCAACACAUGGUCAAUAUCCAGGAAAUCCAGUUUCUGAUGAAUAUAUUGUGUAUCGUUAUGGUCAAGCAUUACCAUAUAUGAAAAUAACAUAUAGAAUAUAA